AUGUCACUAUACACGAACAUAUUCCAAGUUAUUGUAAGUUGGAAACUUGUAGAUUCAUCAACGAUGAUCAUCGUGAACAGAUCAGAAUAUCAGGAAGGUAAGAUAUUACGCGAGCAUUCCAUGUAUCCCAAGGUAUCUCCUAGUGUCAGAGAUGAUGGUCCAAAGCUCAGAGAAGAGAAACACUACCGGGAGUUCUACCCUGACUUGGAUCAACAAGCUCUCAUACCUCUGUUAACGGACACUGCUGCAAUCAUAUCGGUCCCCGAAGAUAAUGAAGCACCAAUGAAGCAAUUAAUAAUUAAUGACAGAAUAACUACGGAACCAAUUUCGUUACCAGAAGCGAAGGUAAGGUAUAAGAAAUGUAAAGUCAGCAUAUCGGAAUUGGGCAAUGGCCGAAAGACACCGAAACAGUAUAUAAAGUAUGGAUUUGGGCGGCUUGUCAACGAAGAGAAAUUUGUUGAAAACAGAACGCCUUAUUUUAAGAAAAGCGAUGGGUUUCAAGGUGAGAAAGGUAAUCCUUUUGGCAAUUUCUCUCGCAAUCAGUCCAACUUCCAGGUGGAGUACGAUAUGGAUGAACAAGAUGAACUUUACUUACGACAUCUCAACAACUCACGAAUUGCGCACACGGGCAAAAGUUUGAUGACCCAGGAGUUAUUUGAGAUUGUUAUGACACUCCUUGAAAACGAGUGGUUUAGUUUAGAGAAGAAAAUACCUCUCCACACCACUCACAACACGGCCGUUUCAACGAACGAAUCAAGAGUAGCUUGGGAUAAUUUCGAUGCUUACGGCUCGGAUGACGGCACUGGUUAUUUGAUUGACCAACCCUGUGCAGUUUGUGGGAGAACUGAGUGUGAUAAUUCCAAUGCCAUAGUUUUCUGUGAUGGCUGCGAUGUCGCGGUGCACCAAGAAUGCUACGGAGUCGUCUUUAUUCCUGAGGGUCAAUGGCUCUGUCGAAGAUGUAUGAUCUCUAGAAAUAGAAAGAUAAAUUGUUUGUUCUGUCCUAGUCACACAGGAGCAUUCAAACAAACAGACACAGGGUCGUGGGGACACGUCUUGUGCGGUAUUUGGAUUCCAGAGCUUUUCUUUGUUAACGCACAUUAUAUGGAGCCAAUUGAGGGGAUUGAUCAGAUACCUAAAAGCAGGUGGAAGCUUGUUUGUUAUAUUUGUCGCCAGAGGAUCGGAGCCUGCAUUCAAUGUUCCAACAAGAACUGUUUUACAGCUUACCAUGUAACAUGUGCAAGACGAGUCGGAUUGUGUAUGGAUUUUGGAGGUUGUACAAUGCUCGAGGCCGCUUCAAAUAUGCUGCCUCCAGGGGUGAAAUUGCAAAGUUUCUGCGAUAAGCACUCUCCUCUUGGCUGGGACGAUUGCAGAGAAAGGAUACAUAAAGCAAGACAGUAUUUUGAGCGCCUUAACGGGUCCGAAACGCCGGGACAUAAUUCGAACAAGAAUCAGGCACAAGGUACUUCAGAUACCAGGUGGAAGACCACCCGGGGGACUCCAAUAGCGCCUCGAUACUUCAGUUCAAUUGUUCAAAAUGUACUCAAAAUGUUUGAAGUGACCAAUGCUGAGAAACUUGCCAUCGACUUCUGCAAAUACUGGUCUAUGAAGAGAGAACUAAAGAGAGGAGCUCCUCUGAUUAGAAAAUUUGAUCCCAACUCAUUCAAUACUUUCAAUACCAAGGAGCUGGAGGAGAGAGUGAAGUUUGCCGAAGUGCUGGCAACGGACCUUGCAAAGUUGCAAAGCCUAGCCUCGUUACUGGUAAAACGCCAGGCAAGUGCUCAGAAACGCAAUUCUGCCGAUGCGCUUUGUAAACGGAUAGCGCUUUCACCUUCCCAUUAUCUUGUUCAGAAAUUUGUGGGCCAAAAUAUCAUCCGAAGCAAAUCUUUUGGUCAUUUAACCAGAGAUGCUAAGACCUCCGACAAGUUAAAAGGCCUUAUUGCCAAGAUUGAUGGCGACAAAGGCAUGAGUAUGGAAAUACUUAAACAAUCCGUCACAGAAGUAAUAGACUCCAUUGAAAACGAUGCAUCCGUUUCUCGAAUUACAAAACUCGAAUCUAAGAAAUUGGCCGACGAAUUUUCAGCGCACAUAGCUCGAAUUGAAGGCAUCGACGUGGAAAAGCGUCUUCCAGAGGACUUCCUCAUUGAAAAUGGGGAGAUCGAUCUGAUUCCGUGGGUUGGGAAAGAGCUUUUAAAAGAGGAACAAUUGAGCGACGUCGAGGAACUUUCCAUCGGCGACAACAGAAAACUGAAUAACUUUAUGCGAAGGUGA